AAUGAAGCCUACAGCGAAAGUUUUUGAAUUCUUGAACUCAUACAAUUAUUAUCUACCUUAAAAUUGUGAAUAAGUAUAGAAAAUGUAAUAAUAAUUUAAAUUUCUAGGUUUUAUGAACAAAUGGUAAAACAUUUGUAAUUAGGUGAUAGUUUUAAGAAUUCUUUUAUUAGUUAAAUUUCAUAAAUUAAUCAAAAGGCAUAAAGAGAAACAGAAUUUAGAUAACUUAUACGUGAUACUUGGCUUGGAUUCAUUGAAAACACACCAAUUAAUAAUAUUUGUUAGAUGUUGAAUUCAUAAGAAAUAAAGGAUGUCUAGGACUUUAUAUUAAAAGUCUUAUUAGAGCCUAAAAGAUUUGAUAUCACUUAUGUUGAUGAAUUAUUAAUGAAUUACGAAUCUUAUUUCAAUUCUGUAUAAAGAAUUAAUAUAUAUUGUAGAAUAAAGGAUUAGCUUAAGUAGUUGUGAGGAAUAGAUUUAGAAUGACAGUAAGUAAAUUGAUAUGUAGUAAAUUCAUAUUAUCAUUGGAUGAAAUAUAUUAAUAAAAGGUUCGUUAGUUUCUAUUUGAUAUUUAUCUUAAAAAAAUAGAAAAGUUAGAGUAACCUGUAGUAAUUUAAACUGAAUUUUUGACAGAUUCUAAUUUCUAUUUUAAGAUGUUUGAAUAGUUAUUUGAUACAUAAUAAGAUGUGCAAGGAACAUUUUAUAAUCUAAUUAAAAAUGUGAUUACUAUUAUUGUCCGUGAUAUGUCUAAUAUUGUAUUUUCAUUAGGAAUUUUCACAUAAUUCUAUCAAUUAUAUAUUAAUAAGGAUAAGAUUCUAUUUGAAAAAUAUGAUCAAAGAUCUAAUGUUGAUUAAAAUAAAUUAGCAAAUGAGAUCUUAUAGAAGUAUAAGGAACAUGAAGAUUUAAUAGAUGCAAUAAGAUAAGUUGUUCAUAAGAUCUUUUAGACUCAAAAUAUUGAAUAUAAGAAAUUGUUAAAGGAAUUAGUAUCAAAAGAUAUAUAUAAUCGAGAGAAUGAACAAUGGGUUUGUUAACUUUUGAGAGAAUUCGAUUAAUAGUAGAGGUAUCGUAAACAACCUUGCGAGGAUGAUUUUCAUAUUUAUUUAAGACUUCAAGGUUUUACAUAGAAAGGAGAUAAAAGGGGAGAAUUAGAAUAUGAUCAUCCUAAAUUAACUUUAAUUAUUCAUGAUAAAACUAAUUAUACAGUUCAUAAUAAAUUGACAAAAUAAACUAAGAGAUAUUAUUAGACCAAAGAAGUACAUCAUUAUAUACAAAGUAGUCUCUAGAAUUAUAAUAAUUGAAUAUACGUUUUUAUUAUAGGCAAUGAUUAUUUUAUUGUUAUUUAAUUUGACUUAAGCAAUCGAUUUAACUACUCUACAUUUAGAUGCCAAUUAUCUUUAGAAUCAUACAGCAUAGUUCAAAACUCAAUUACAAUUAGAUUAAUAGACAUAGACAAAGUCUACUAUAAAUACAAUGCCAGAAGAUUAAUUUUCAGAUUAAACAAGAAUGAACUAAAUUUUAUAUGAAUAAGAAGAACGUGCAGUUUAAAAGACUAUCAAAAUUCAUGAUACACCACCUCCAUCUCCAUAUAAAAUUAAAUAUGAAGAGAUUCCAGAUGAACAAAAACCUUAAACUAAUGCUAAAUUACCAAGAAAGAAACUUCAAGAAGAGUCUAUUUUAGGAGAACCUAUAUUAGAUGUAAUAUCUAUUGCACCAAUAGCUUAAAGACACAAGAUAGCUCUUUUAAUAACCCUUAUAUUGAUAUUGUGUGUGUUAAUUUUAAUGAGAGAAAUGUAUUUUAAAUCAUUACAUAAAAUAUAUAGAGAAUAUUUAUGGAAGAUAUCAUUAGAAACUAUGUAUUGCAUGUUUGUAAUAGUAGUAUUUAUUGCUCUUUAUUAUAAUAACUAUUUUGAUUUUUGGUUAUUGAAUUAUUAGUAUUAAUAAGAUAAACCUAAUGAAGAUAUAUUACUUAUAGAAAUUAAGGAUUAUGAAGAAAACUAUAAAUAUAAUAUUUAUGCAUAUCUUUUAAUAGGAGGUUUAAUUAUUAUAUUAAAUUAUUUGAUUAAUUUUCUACAAAUAUUUGUGUUUGAUAAAUAAAUGUAAAUUUGGUAAAAUCAAGAAAAUAAAUGGUUUAACAAAUAUCAAUUAGUUUAAUUAUAUAAAUAAUAAAAAGAUGAAUUAAAUUAAAAAAAAGAAUAAUAAUAAUUAUUUAAUAGUAAAGAAAUAGAAUAAGAAAUAAUUGAGAUCUAGAAUGUUUUAUUAAAGACAGAAGAAUGUAUGGAUUAUCUUAUGAUUAAACUAUAAUUUACAUAUCAAAUGUCACCAUAUUUGGGACCAAAUGUUUUAGAUAGUUCUUUUAAUUUAUCAAAUUAUCUUGGCUAUAUAAGUGCUGAUAUUAUUUAUUAAAUAUCAGUAUGGGAUACAUAAUAAUACAUUAUAUUUACAAUCUACUUUUUUUUCAUGAUAAUUUUACUUUAUUUCAUUAAUAUCAUAAUUGUUAGUAUGCUUUAUUGUUUUAUUUUGUUCAUCAAGAUUAUCAAUCUAAAUUAUACAAUGAUUAUGAUAAAAGAGAAAUGUUUAAUAAAAAAAGAAUAUGAUAAUCUAUUAGAAGAUGAAUUAUAAGUAGUACCACCAUUUAUGGAACCUAUUUUUGAAAAUAUAUUACCUAAAAGAUCAGUUGAUAUUUAAACAGAUCUAUUUCCAUUAGCAAAUAAAAGAUACUUUAGUAUUGUAGUUUCUUCUUUAAUUAAGAUGUCAACUACUCUAUUAUUUGUAAUGAAUAUCUAUUUCUAUUAUUGGUAACCAUAUGCCUUAUAUGUUAUUAUCAUUUGUAAUAUUAUUUGUAUUGCUACUUGUAUAUCUAUUAUAUAUAUAAGCAAUAAUAUUAUCCAUCAUUAUACUAUUGUUUUAAGUUUGUAUAUAAGAAAUUAUGAUUUUGUUUACAAUGUAAUUAAAUCACAAAAACAAUUGCUCAUUUAAGCUAGUAAUCAAUUUUAUGAAUUGAUCAGAUAUAUCAAUAAAAAAUCAUUAUAACAUACUCUAUAAAAGAAUCAUUUACUUCUAUUAAGACCAGUAAUAGUGGAUAUUAUUGAUUUAUGUAAAAAAUAUUAAAAGAAAGGAAUGCAAUAAGCUCAAUAUGAUCCAAGAGAAGUUGAAUUGGUUGAUUUAGGAAUAGAGGGAAUAGAUUUGAUUCAUAAAAAACAUCUUAAAAAUAUUAUUUAUGCUUUAACUGAUAAGUAUAAUCAUUUAUUUAAUAAAAUAGAUUUUCUGAAUAGGAUCUUGUUUAUAUUGAAAGUUUUUGUUCUGAUGAAAAUGCUGAAUAUUUUUCACCUAUGAAACUUAUACUCUAUUUGCAUUUAAGAUAUUAAGAGAUUAAAAUGAAUAGUAGAUAAUUAAUUAAAGAAGUAUUGUAAAAGGUUAUACCAAUGACAUUUGAUAUUCCUCAAAAAUUAGAAGCUGAAAUACCUGAUAAUUAUAUUUAAGAUGGUUUGGAAGGUUAUUUGGACAUUAAUGUUUUAGAUAAUUUUCUUAAGGAAUCUGUAAAAUCAAAUUUUUAUAAGGAAGAAUAUAGAGUAAUAUUAAUAUAAUAAUUAAACAAAUUGAAAUCAAAAAAAUUAGAUUAAAUAUCAAAUUUUAUUAGUGAUCAAAUCUCAUAAUUACCAUAAUGA